AACCAUCUUUUUUAAUACAAAAACUUGCAGUCUGGCUUAAAGAUCAACCGCCUCCACCGUUUUUUGAUCUAUCUGUCAAUGAAAUUUUAUACUACUUUAAUGGAUCUUGGAAGUGUCAUUUGUACUAUGAUGACUUCGGUACCUUCAGAACUGUAUACCACUCCUUAGAUUUGUACCUUUUGGAGGGAAUAUCUGAGACUUUAUCAAACCGUUUUUUGAAAAAAUUACGAAACUUGAAAAAGGGAUUAGGAGUUUUUACUUCAGAUCUUUCUCAGAGAAACGACAUCACUGGAAUAUUACAUCAUAAUUGGUCGAUAUCAUCAAGUUACGGAUCAAGAGUUCCAGCUUAUAAAUCAACAAACUUCAAAAACUGCAAAAUUGAGACUUUGCUCUCAAUACGGAUUACGGAUUUUACCGGACCAUUGGAUCCAAUUUUGCAUGACCGUCAUUUACAUAUACCGCAAGAUGCAUAUCAUGCAAUUGCUGGAAAAGUAGCUCGGUUGCUCGAUUGUACAUGUUUAAUUUUAAUAUCAUAUGGUGCAAAUAAUUUAAUUAAUUACUGGAAGCAUUUUGAGGUUCCAUCACAAUGGUCUCGUUUACCAAACCCAAUUACUCAUCGACACUUAUUUAUGAUGUCAGAUAAUUUGAGAAUUCUUAUGAUCUUUCCUUUUAUUUUAAAGCGUUGCCUAACUGUUAAAAGUAUUAAAAAUGAUUUUUUAAUAUCUAUGCAAGAGAGGUUACAUUUUUCUCAUCGAUCAGACGUAUGUGAUUGUAUUAUUCAUACUUGGGUACUUUCUGCGAAGACAGCUAAAGAA